AUGUCAAGGAAGUCCGCUGGCGCUUCCCCAGGAUCGCAAGACCGGCGUCGUAGCUCUGGGAAAUCCCGUAACGAUGGCGAACAGCUCGCGUUCGAUUUUCCUAACUUCAAUGAUUCGGAAUGGAUCCAAAACUUGCAACCAGUAGGAGAAUAUAACUUUAACUUUAUGGAUAAUGCUGCUGUACCAAGUAAUGCACAAUCUGGGUUUGGCCUUGAUCCACGAUCCUUGGACAAUUCUUGCACCAUUGAUCCAGCAUUAGAUGCUCCUGCACCAUACCAGGUUGAUUUUCAAUCAUCUGGCAUCGCCCCCGACACAUUUUACGGCCUAGAUGACUCGACACAGCAAGCUUCUAUGCGACUACUUGCUAGAAGCAACGCUGCUGUGCCAAGUGAUCCAGAGAAAGCAUAUGAAGUCGCCCCGCGACCGUCGAACGCUGAUCCCACCCCGGUACUUUAUCGGUACUCCCUUAUGCCCGGAUACAAUAACUUUGGGCCUUACGAUGACUGCGCGGUGCAACAACAUGAUAUUCGUGAUAACAGUAAUAAUCACACCGCAUAUCAACAACCAGCAAUCCCUGUCACUGCACUUGAUACGCGGAAACGCCGUUGGUCAUCUUCUGUAGCGUCACGCAACAAUGACGGGAAAUGUAAACGCCCACGGGUGAACUUUGUGGACUCUGAUAGUCAAGACAAUCAUCCAAAUUCUCCUCGAAGGAGUCCUCGUCAUGCCCAUGGCUCGUCUGGACACAACUCGACGGGGAAGUCCUCAUUGGUCUCCUAUGAUCCACAGUCAAGAAUGGGCCCUUCCCCAGAAGCUAGUCACAGGUCUGCUGAUGUUGAUGACCGCGACUCCUUAAAUGUGGUGUACAAGCCAGAGAAGCCACAACUUGAUGAUGACAAGAAGUGGGUUAGGAUCAACAAAGCGACUAAAGGCAGGUCAACCCGUACGGGGAAGAUUAACAAUUAUAAACCGGAAUACCCAAGUCAAGAGCACCCAGUCGGAGACUGGCAAGGCAUAAGUACCAAAUUCAAGUAUAAUGAUUUUGGCGAGCUUAAAGCGUUUACGCUUACCGCAAGGCAGAUGAACGACUUCAUCCUUAACUAUCCCACCGACAAGAGUAAGGGCAGGAAGCUCAUUCUAUGGAUCCAGAAAACACCCGCAGAUUCAGCUCGUCGUUAUUCUACCUCAACUUGGUCGACAUGCCGCUUCGCCGCCUGCCCAGCCCGAGAUCGUGACUUGGCAGACAAGCCGACGGGCGCGAUCCUUCAUGGCCAUUAUCGGGUUGCCUUUGACGAGAAGUGGUACAAGUACAGCCAUGAGUCCAACCCCUACCUAGUUUCCUUUUACGUCCAUCUCGACUGCAUGGAGCGUUUUCUAGACCUACCCUUCCUCGUCGCUUCACCUAAUGUAGAUAUCAAGCCAGAUACUCGUGCGUUCUCGAUGGAAAUGUGUGGACGAUGGGCGGCAUCUCUUGAUCACGGGCCUGAGCUACCUAUCACAAAGGCCUUCCUCCGUGCAUGCAAGAACGGUCGGCUACAUACGCUACCCGAAUUCCAAAAUUAUCCACUCCACGAUCCGGAUAGGCGAGGCGAAAGACAGGAAAAGCAGCUUGAGGAAAACUACCUCACGUAUUGGAUGAACCACCAUAAGCUUCUCAGGCGCCCUCCGGCUCAACAUGAGGAAUUUGGCAAAAAAAUCAAGUGUUCAAAUGUUGUACUCCAUCAUGGCAAUCUGGAGAUAUAUCAUGCUGAAACGACCCAUGCAAUAAGACUAGGAUAUAAAACAAAGAAUGCUCGGAAAGACUAUAUUAAAGAGAUGGCGGCAAAAUAUGACAAUUCUUUCGAUGGCUUCCGGGAGAGAGUUAAGGAAUACCAUAACAAAGAAUUGCUUUUGAGAAGGGUUGAUAUCCUUGAACCUAUAUACGAGGCAAAGAUGAGAAUUCGAAGGCCGAAAUACAAAGGUUUCACCCCCAAGAGAAUACUAGCCAAGAGCUUAAUGCCCCAGAGCGAAGGACCGAGCGAAGAACCGACCCCAGCGAAGACCAACGGCAGUAACCGUAGAAAUAUUGAAGAAGAAGACUCCGACGAUGAUAUUAAUGAUCAUUAUGACCCGACAAAAUGGGAGUAUGACGGCGAAUCCGAUGAUGACAACGUAGGCGACGGCUUGAAUUCUACACAACAUGGCACACAGGCUUCUCGUCGCAGUGCUCGUGUGCAGGAGUUCAAGGCUACCGGAAAAUACCCCAAGACCUAUGCUGAGCCUGAUGAUUUCCUUGCGGCAGACGACGAAGCUCCGUUGCUCCCACUAGUAUCUCAGGUUGAAGAUUUUACUCAGGUACUACCUGCUGUGAUGGCGCAGCCGAAUUAUCAGUAUCAACAACAAUACCCACAAGACGGUCAAUACAACCAAUACACCCAAUACACACAGUAUGUGCCUGCGAUUGAGAACAACGCGGACCAGGGUGCCUUUGGACUCAACAAUACUGACAACACCGGUGCUGACAUAUUACACAUGGGCGAUGAAGAAUUCGAAGCAUUCAUGAAUCUUGCCGAUCCUGCUGUUUUCAAUGAGGAUUUCUUGAGAACUCUGGAGGUGAGACCGGAAGACUUCACCGUACAAGGUGUUGCAGACGAUUCGGCACAGUUCCAGGCACGUCUUCUACGCAGGCGUUCUACCAUGCGCCUCCUAAGUAUCAAUCGUGAACGGAUUGCUUCGGCUCUGAGGUUGUCGUCCACGACUUCUCGGAAAGGUCUUUCAGUGUCUUUUGCGGACAAAGAGCCCGAGACGCAGACGUUUGAUAAGAGCCAGCCACCUCGAGAGGUAGGGCAUCCACGCCGCCAGCUCAGGAGGGCCUCGAAGGUCUCACCCAAAGGCACGUAG